UACAAUAGUUAAACAAAAUAAAACAAAUACAAAAUGAGCAAGCUCCUGACCUCCGCCGACAUUGAGGAUGGCAAAAUUGAGUAUGACAAGGCGACCGGUGCCAGCACCCAGUAUAAACUGAUCGAUGGCGGCUACGAGGUGAUCACCACGACGCCGCAGCCGAAUGGCACGGUCAAGACCCAGGUGAAGACGUUCUGGGACCCGAAGCCCGUCAGCGAGGAGGACUUGGCCAAGGAGCAGGCCAACAAGAAGAUCAUCAAGCAGCGCCUGGGCAAGGAAAUACGCAUCGAUGACAAGACCACCAUGCUGACUCGCGCCAUCGAGGGCGGCUACGAGGAGGUCUACACCACCAUCAACGAGGAUGGCUCGCGCAGCAUGCGCACCAAGACCUUCUAUGAUUCUGUGCCCACGGAGGUCAAUGAGAACACCACCACCAAGGUGAACAAGACCAAGAAGAAUGUCACCCGCAAGUCGUCGGUGGACUCGACCGACUCGACGGAGUCCUCAUCGCGCCGCAUUGUGCAGAAGGUGCAGAAGAAUGUCAAUGACUCGCAGUCCAACUAUCGUGAGGACACCACCAUUGAGGAGACGCGUCGCGUGAGCCAGAACAUUGAGAUCACCGAGAACAAUCGCACCGUGCGCAAGAACUCGCUGCAGGAGCAGAGCAUCAAGUCCGUCACCCAGAGCAGUGGUGAUAGCAGCAAGAAGAAGAAGAAGCCCAAGUCAUCGGCGCCACCACCACCAGCCGACUUUGUGCAGAACGAUACCACAACCGUGGCCUCGAAGCGUGUGCCCGGCGGCGUUGAGUACACCUACUCGACGGAGUUGGAGUCGGGCAAGACGAUCACCACCUCGAAGACCGUUUACGAGGAGGAGGAAGUCGAGCUCACCGAGGAGGAGAUCAAGCAGUACAAGAAGGCCCUAAAGGAUGCUGAGAAGCACAAGAACGUGACCACCACCAAGAAGCUCAAGUCCGAGUCGGGCACCAAGAAGAUUGUGCCCUCCGAGAACCCGGGUGAUGUGACCACUGUGGAGACCAUCAAGAUCGAGGGCGGCACCGAGUAUCACUACACCACCGUCACCGCCGAGGGUAUUGUGAAGAAGGCAGUGAAGACUGUGUACGAUCCGGUGCCCAGCAACAAUCCCAAUGACACCGACGAGGAGGAGAUCAUUGAGGAAUACGAGGAGGAGAUCAUUGAGCCCGGCGAGAAGACGGUCAAGACUAUUGAGACUGUGAAGCAGUUGCCCCAGAAGUUCGAAGAGGAAGUGACCAUCACCCACGAGAAGAAGGAGAAGAAGGUAAAGAAGUCCAUGAUCAUCAGCCAGUAGAGCGCGCUCGGCACAACCUCAGACACGACACACAACACACUCACACACACACUUCUACACGCGCCAGCUUUUGUAUUCGUUGAUAUUUGAAAAGUAUAUUUUUGACCCAGUAAGAUCGGAAAUUAUGAGUACCCCUAAUAUGUAUUUCAGCGCCCAGUUCAGAUAGCUGUCGCUGGUCUUUGUACGCUUCUCGUAAGCUUUGUUAUUAAUUAUUUGGGCAGCUUUCUGUUGCCCUAACGCGAGACG